GACAUCGACGACCCCGAGACAGAACACAACACCCAGCUCAACGCCAUGUUGUACCGCACCAGCUCCGAAACCGUGGACUUAUACAAGCAGGAGAACAACUCGUCCGACCUCUUAGGACGGCUUUACUACGACGACUACGACUCGGAGUCCGGCGCAGACACCCCAUUGAUCGGCUCCAGCACCCCCAACUUGCUCUCGUCACGGUCGUCGUCAUCCACCAACUUGGUCAGACCUCCGUUAUCGCGGCUCCGCUCGUUGGAACGAGGGGUGUCGUUCGACACCUCCACAGACGACCAUCGCAGGUCCUUUACCAUCAAGGUCAAGCAUCCGCACUUCAAGUUCCGCAGAAAUAACAAGACGUACCUUUCGGGGUUCAACAACGACCAGGAGUCCAUCCGUGCCAUCGAAUGGUUGUUUGACGAGAUGGUUAUUCACGGAGAUACCAUCAUCGUGCUCCAGGUGUUGGACGAGAAGCAUCACGACAGAAUCGACAAGAUCCAGGCAAACAAGGCCUUGAACCGCAUCGAGCUGUUGAACACCCACUUCAAGAAGGUCCAGAUCGUGUUCGAGGUGGUCAUUGGUAAGCCCCAGAAGUUGCUCAAGAAGGCCAUCGACGAGUACAACCCCCAGAUGAUGUGCAUCGGCACCCACCACGCCAACCCCGACUACCACAAGUCGUUCUUGUCCAAGGCCUCCAUCUCCAAGCACUUCUUGGAGUGUGCCUUGGUCCCUGUCAUCAUCGUCAAGCCCACAUACCACCACGUCGAGUAUUUGGAACAUCCCAUCGACUCGGAGGACUACUUCCUCCACCUCACUCUGGCCAUCGACACCACCAUCAUGCCUCGGGAAAAGUCCAAGCGCAUGCUGAAGUUGAACCCUCUCAGUCCUAGCACCUCUCGCCAGAGCUCCUACACCAACCUCUCGUCGUUGGCCCAGGAACGAGGC